UCGUGCGCAUGCGUGCGCCGAGGGUUACGUAAUAACCCCCGCGCGCUCAGUCUGUUUACGUCGUUGGUGAGAGACUAGACGCCUGUACACCACUGCAAGGCCCCCCGGGUUUUUCUCCAACGCUGCUCCGUGAGAGGAAGAUACACCAGAGAUGGCUGCUUGUAAUCGACUAGUCGGCUCAUGGAAUGGAAAGAGAGGUCUCUUGACACUGUUGAACCGUUCACUAUUUACAGCCACCACGCUUCAGUCUACUGAGCGGACAUAUGGUAACCUGAAGGACGAGGACAGGAUCUUCACCAACCUCUAUGGCAGACACGACUGGAAAGCUAAAGGGAGCUAUGGCCAGAGGUGAUUGGUUUAAGACCAAGGAGAUAAUCCUCAAGGGUCCAGACUGGAUUCUGGAGGAGGUGAAGAAGUCGGGGCUAAGAGGAAGAGGAGGAGCUGGGUUUCCAUCUGGAAUGAAGUGGGGAUUCAUGAACAAGCCUUCUGACGGACGUCCCAAGUAUCUGGUGGUGAAUGCAGACGAGGGAGAGCCGGGGACGUGUAAGGACCGCGAGAUCAUGAGACACGAUCCUCACAAGUUGGUGGAGGGAUGUCUGGUCGCUGGCAGAGCCAUGGGAGCCAGAACUGCCUACAUCUACAUCCGUGGAGAGUUCUACAACGAGGCCAGUAACAUGCAGGCGGCCAUCCAGGAGGCGUACGAGGCGGGGCUCAUCGGGAAGAAUGCCUGCAGAUCGGGAUACGACUUUGACAUCAUCAUGCACAGAGGAGCUGGGGCCUACAUCUGUGGGGAAGAAAUGGCCCUCAUAGAGAGUCUGGAGGGGAAGCAGGGGAAGCCACGUCUGAAACCGCCAUUCCCGGCCGACAUCGGUGUCUUUGGCUGCCCCACCACCGUUGCCAACGUCGAAACGGUCGCUGUUGCCCCGGCUAUCUGUCGUCGUGGAGGGGAGUGGUUUGCGUCGUUUGGUCGUGAGAGGAACCACGGGACGAAGCUCUACUGCAUCAGUGGCCACGUCAACUCACCAUGCACCGUGGAGGAGGAGAUGUCCAUCCCUCUCAGAGAACUCGUUGAGAGACAUGCCGGUGGGGUCAAA